AUGGCGCCCUCAUCAUCACCGCUGCCGGGCCGUCUCGUCAUACUCUACGCAUCGCAAACCGGCAACGCCAUAGACGCUGCUGAACGUGUAGGCCGAGAGGCUGAGCAUGGGGGCUGCCCAGCUGUCGAGGUUCUCUCCACGGAUAGCUUUAAUCCCAGUUGUUUGCCUGACGAAAGGUUUAUGAUCUUCAUUGUGUCUACCAUGGGGCAGGGAGAUCCCCCAGAUUCCAUGAAGAAUUUUUGGAAAUACCUUCUCAGAAAUCAUCUGGGUGCGCGAUGGCUGAAAGGAUUGCAUUAUGCCGUGUUUGGGCUCGGCGACAAAAGCUAUAGGGAGUACAAUUUUCCUGCAAUCAAGCUCGAUCAAAGGCUUUUUGAUCUUGGUGCCAAACGAAUCACAGAGAGAGGCUUGGGAGAUGAUCAACAUUCUUUGGGAUACGAAGGAGAACUAGAUCCAUGGUUGUUAUCUUUGUGGACAUCCCUGAAUCGAACAAAUCCAUCACUGCUACCAAGAGUAUCUGACGCCAGUCAUCGUAAAUUAAAUAUUUUGGGGGAUGCAAAGGUAGAAGUCAUCUAUUACUCGGCUCCGCAAGCUACCGACAUUUCAGACUCCAAGAUAUUAAUUGAGAAAGCACGCUCAAUGUCCCCUGCUCUAAAGUGCCAUAAUAGCAGAGAGCCACAACACAUGUUACAAAUGGUAACAAAUCAGCGUUUGACUAAGGGAGACACUGACAGAGAUGUCCGCCACUUUGAAUUGGAAGAUCGGCGUUCUGUUCGAACAAAGGGUGGGGACAACGUUCCUAAAGAUCCCAUCAAGCUAAAGACCUUUGUUGCUUUGACAAUGGAUGUCACAUCAGCUUCCCCUCGGCGAUAUUUCUUUGAGGUCAUGAGCUAUUUUGCAACAGAUGAACGUGAAAAAGCAAAACUUCAGGAUUAUACUACUCCUGAAGGAAGGGGCGACCUUUACCGGUACAAUCAAAAGGAGAACCGGACUGUUCUAGAAGUAUUGGUGGAUUUCCCCUCGGUGCAAAUGCCUUUUGAAUGGCUGGUGCAACUGACGCCUCCGUUGAAGAAAAGAGCCUUUUCCAUUUCGUCGUCCCCCUUGGUCCACCCAAAUCAGAUACACUUGACGGUCAGUGUAGUAUCAUGGCUUACUCCUUGGAAGAGGGUGCGGCAUGGUCUCUGCUCCACAUGGCUAGCGGGGCUCAGUCCAAAUGAAGGCGAUCAACUUAUACCAUGUUGGAUACGCCGAGGAUCGCUGCCCCGCCCACGGCCAUCGGUUCCUCUCCUACUCAUCGGACCGGGAACAGGGUGCGCGCCGUUCCGCGCAUUCGUGGAGGAAAGGGCCGCACAGAGCGCGGCGGAUCCAACUACUGCUCCUGUUAUGUUCUUCUUCGGCUGUAGAAACCAAGACAGCGAUUUCCUGUACAAGGACUUCUGGCUGAAACACGCGCAGGGGCAAGGAGGGGUGCUGUCCCACGAAAAGGGCGGCGGUUUCUUCGCCGCCUUCUCUCGGGAUCAGCCUCGGAAAGUGUACGUGCAGGACAAGAUAAAGGAGCAGGGGGCGAGAGUGCUGGACAUGCUGUGCUCCGAGUCGUCCAAGGCUGCGAUAUACGUCGCCGGGUCUUCAACCGGAAUGCCCGCCGAUGUUACGGCGGCGUUGGAGGAAGUUCUGUGUCAAGAGGGCGGUGUUCCGCGGGAGGAUGCUUCGGGGUGGCUGAAGGAUCUCAAGAGGGCUGGUAGGUUUGUCGUUGAGACCUGGUCGUGA